AUGGAUCUGGUGUUUGGCGGACAUCGAGAAGGAGGCGAGGACGAUUUGCACGCGGGAUCGGAGUCCAGGCCUCAACCGUCCAGCAGCAGCCCUUGGUUUCUGGCGCGCGGCCAGCAAGGAGAGGGUGGCAGGCGUCGCGACGACGCGGAUAUGGUGGACUCGUCGGAUUCGGCAAGCAAGGUCGAUGGAGAGGAGGAAGCAGACGAGAUCCUGAUGGCGCGGGAUGAUGUUAGCCCGACCCUGUCCACUCCCCCUCCUAAUACCGGCACGGACAGUCCUGUUCAGUCGGCGCGAGUUUACCUUCCCGAUGUCGACCACGAGGUGUUCAAGCAUUUCCGCCGCAUAAAGGUGGACGAGGGGAAAUCGCAGCAAUACGAGUGCAGGUACUGCUGCAAUGUCUUUUCUGGCGCCGCCACCCGCUGCGCGCAGCACUUGGCGAGUUGGAGGAAGAUGAGGCGCCGCGAAGUGGCGCUAUGCAAGGAAGCCCCCUCUGAAGUACGGGCUGCCAUCCGGAAGAAGUAUGAGGCUAAGGCUGCAGCGGCAGAUCAGCGCCGCCAGGCGACAUCGAAUGCCAUUGCGUCGGUCACCAGCGGCGGAAAGAGGAGCCGCAUUACUGACUACUUGGAGACGGAUGCGGCAGCUGCGAAGCGCGAUGCACACGAGGCGUUGGCGCUGAUGUUCGUGGCGUGUCGAAUCUCGGAGCGCGUGGCGGAGCACCCUCUCUUCAUCAACGCCGUUUGUGCCAUUAGGGACUCCGGCACAGGAUACGCCCCCUCGACGAGGACGUUGAUCGGCGGGGCGGGCUUGCGACUCUGUUGCGAGAACAUCGACAGAGGGCUUUCUGGAGUGAAGGCGAGCUGGAAGCGGACCGGCGUGACAAUUUCUUCUGAUAUGAUGACUGAUAAGAACGGUCGCCCCCAGGCGAACGUGUUUCUCGUCAACGAGAGCGGUGCGGUGUUCAAGGACAGCGUGGACUGUCGCAUGGAGACCAAAACCGGCGGUUAUGUCGCCAGCAUCCUCAGGCCCGUGGUGGAGGAGGUCGGUCCAGAUAACGUGGUGGCAUUCUGCACGGACGGUGGGUCCAACUACGCGGUGGCGUGCAACGAGCUGAUCGCGGAAUGGCCGCACAUUCAACACGUGCCAUGCGCCACCCACGCGUUGGACCUCUUCAUGGAGGACGUCGGCAAGAUGACGUGGGCCAAGAAGGUGGUGGACACUGCGGGCGAGAUGAGCUCCUUCGUCCGCAACCACCACUGGACAAGGGGAAACUUGAGGACCCCCGCACUGGUGGGUGCAAAGAUGCUGCAAGCGCUGAAACCGGCUGGAACCAGAUUCGGGACACAGUACAUUGUUGUGUCCCGUCUCUGUGAGCCGCGGCAGUCGCUUGCACAGAUGGUGGUGUCUGAUGUGUGGAAGGGUUGGGCAGUUGGGGAUAGGAAGAAGUCUGCGGAUAAGUUUGCGUCACAAGUUCUUGAUGACGCGUGGUGGCGGACGGCAGAGUUUUUCUCCAAGCUGAUGAAGCUCCCGUUCAUGGCAAUGCGUAAGACCGAUGGGGAUGCCAAGGGGAUGAUGGGCCGGAUGUAUGACGUGAUGCUGCAGUUGACCGAGGAUGUGGGGACAGUGGUGGAGGAGGAUGAGGAGCAGCUGAGCUACUCCGACAAAGUGAACAUCCGCCGCCUGCUGAAGAACAGGUGGGGCGACAGCCUGGCCUGCCCCAUGCACGUUGCGGGCAGAAUUCUCAACCCGGCGAACCAGGAUGAAGACAUCUUCGGCUCAGACGCGGAGUGCACUAGGGUAACGUACAUCACUCAGCACGCCGAGCACCUCUGCAAUUACGGGAAGGAGGGGGAUGAUGGGGAUGACAUUGGCGAGGUUUUGAUGGAACUGCAGGACGGGGUGAGGGCAUUUCUGGAUAUGAAGGGAAGCUUCGAGAUGGGGGAUGCAAUUGCUCAGAGGAACUUGGUCAAGCAAGGCAAGUAUGACAUGGUAAAGUGGUGGCAGUGGCACGGCACUGACGCACCAAAGCUGGCGGCCCUAGCCAUCAGGAAUCUCUCUCAGCCCGUGUCGGCUUCACCAUGUGAGAGGGGAUGGUCAACGUGGGAUGGGGUGCACACGGCCCGCCGGAACCGGCUUGGCUAUGCCAAGUGCCGGGAUUUGGUUUUUGUUGCGCACAACUGGAGCGUUGUGCGCAACUGGCAUUCCCGUGCAGAUGUCAUGCCGGGUGUGGUGCUCGGGAACAUCCCGGAGCCUCCCGUGCCCGAGGGCUACAAUGUGAUGGAGGGGGACGAGGAGGAGGAGGAGGAGGGGGAAGAUGACAUUUUGGAGGAUGAGUAUGCGUAG